AUGGGGCAUAAACGAUGCCCAGGUGGUGUGCCGGCAGCUUGGUUGUGCCAACGCCGUGUCUGCGCCCACUUUGGCCAGGGCACUGGGCCUGUAUGGAGGGACGACGUUCGGUGUUCAGGCUCUGAGUUGGCUCUCAACCAGUGCCCUCAUCGAGGGUUUGGUGUCCACGACUGUACACAUGCUGAAGAUGCCGGCGUGGUCUGCUCAGAUCUACCUGUGGUACCCGUUCGGCUGGUCGGGGGUAGCGGUCAGUGUUCCGGCCGGGUGGAGGUGAAGUUGCGAGGCACCUGGGGCACGGUGUGCGACGACCUCUGGGACAUGAACGACGCCCAGGUGGUCUGCAGGCAGAUGGGAUGCGGAGAAGCGCUGGCUGCUCCAGGCUCGGGUCGAUUUGGUCAGGGCAGUGGCCAGAUCUGGAUGGACGAUGUCGACUGCACUGGCAGCGAGGAGGAUCUACACCAGUGCCAGAACAGGGGCAUCGGCAGCCAUAACUGUGGACACAACAAGGAUGCUGGGGUGGUCUGUGCAGAUCACGCGGCCCUUGACCUUGACCUCACCUGUGGCGAGGACAUCCUAGAGGUCAGAUUGUCCAGUGCUCGUGUGGAGGCCGGUGGACUGAAUGCCUCCACUGCUCACCUGGCCGUCCCACAGUGCACUGCACACGGCGAGCAAAAUGGAAGCGUGUAUCUGGAGAUGCCACGUCGUGACGGCAGCUGUGGCACUGUUCUGCGGACCAACGGCACGCACAACAUUUACUCCAACACCUUAUACCUGUACUUCGUCUCGGAUGGAAGCGCCCACUACUACAAGCCAAUGAGCCUCCCUUUCUCCUGUGUCUACCGGCUUCAGAGGAGGGUCAACUUGAAUGUUGUUCUCAGACCUUUUCUGAGGUGA